AUGGAUCCUAAGCGAAAAGAUAUAGAGUUUAUAGUGGCUGAUUAUGUAUUCCUAAAGGUCUCCCCAAUGAAAAGUGCCAUGAGGUUUGGGAAGGAAGGCAAGCUGCCAUCUAGAUACAUAGGACCUUUUGAGGUUAUUGAUAGAGUUGAAACAGUUGCUGACCAAGUGGAGUUACCACCAAGCCUUUCUCACAUCCACCCAGUGUUCCACAUUUUCAUGCUUAGGAAGUACAUAUUUGAUCCUUCCCAUGUGUUACAACCCGAUACAGUGGAGUUGAAGGAAAACCUAACCUUCGAAGAGCAGCCAAUAGUCAUAGUGGACUUUCAAAUGAGUCAGCUAUGGUCAAAACAGAUCCCUAUGGUUAAGGUUUUGUGGAUGAGCCAAUCAGUAGAAGAGUGUACCUAG